UCAACAUGGUUGCAGUACUGAGUUUGUUAAUAUGGUGUGCUGUGAUUGAUAUUGUGAGCCCGGCAAAGAUUAUCGGUAUAUUUCCAUACCCUGGUUUUAGCCAUCAGAAAGUGUUUGAUCCGUUGCUAAAAGCGUUGGCCGAUAGAGGACAUGACGUCACAAUUGCAACAUUCUUCCCAAAUAGAUAUCAUAAGCAAAAUUCCUCGGAAAUAGAUUUGCGAAGUCUCUCAAAUAUAAAGGUGAAUGAUAUAGACAUGAAACAUUUGGAAAACCCAAGUUGGCUCUUACAGUUACCAGUGAUCGGAAACGUAAUACGCCAAUACAAGAAUCUGGUUGACAAUUUAAGUGUAUCAUCUGUAAGCAUAUGUGAGAAACUGGUUUUGUUUACACCAUUAAUGGAAGCAUUGAAUAAGACUUACGACUUAGUAAUCGUGGAACAAUUUACGAGCGAUUGUGUAUUAGGUCUUUUAGAGGUUUAUGGUAAUACGGCACCAAUUAUUGGAAUGUCAAGUUGUUCACCGAUGCCCUGGACCAGACAGAGGUUGGGAGUGGAACAUAAUCCUUCAUUCGUUCCAAUAAUAACUUCAUCUCUUUCGUCACAAAUGUCAUUUUUUGAAAGACUUGAAAAUACAUUACAUAAUAUCAUGAUGAGAGAAGUGUAUUAUUAUAAAAUACAAUUGAAAGAACAGGCCAUCAUUGAGAAACAGUUUGGUAGGAAGAUAUCUGAUUUACACGAUGCUGCAAAUAAUAUUACAUUAUUGUUUGUUAAUUCACAUUAUACUUUAAACGGUGUCAGACCGCUUGUGCCUGGAUUAGUAGAAGUCGGAGGCAUUCAUAUGAAUGCUUCUGAAAAGAAGACAAUUCCCGAAUACAUUGAAAAGUUUACUAACAAUUCUCAUAAUGGUGUUAUACUGUUAAGUUUUGGUUCGCGGUUAAAAUUGGAUACACUAUCCAAAACUAAGCAGGACACGCUGAUACGUGUAUUUUCAAGAUUGAAGCAAAGAGUGAUAUGGAAGUAUGAAGGUGCUUCAGAAACAGGCACGCUUGUUGGAGAAAAUAUAUUGCAAGUAAAGUGGCUACCCCAAUACGAGUUACUGCACCAUACAAAUGUAUUGACUAUAAUAUGCCAUGGUGGAUACCUGGGAAUGACCGAAGCUAUAUCUGCUGGUAAACCAAUGGUGAUAAUACCAAUGUAUGGAGACCAGGGGUCCAACGCGGCUUCAGCCAAAGAAGUGGGUGUUGCUGAAGUUCUGUCACUACAAGACCUCAACGAAAACAAUCUUAUGAAGGCGUUGGAGACUGUAUUAGGUCCAGAAAAACAAGAACAAGCUCGGCUGAUUUCACAAAUCUGGCGUGAUAGAGCAAAUACACCACUAGACACCGCCGUUUAUUGGACGGAGAGAGUCAUCAGAUGGGGUCAUAGAUCACCAUUGCAUUCGACAGCGAGGAACCUAUCUCUGUAUCAAUAUGCUUUAUUAGAUAUUGCAUUGUUUGUGAUUGGGCUAGUGACCUCUAUUAUCGUGGUCAUUCUCUCUUUGUGUAGACUUCAGAAGGUUAUCAAUAAUCGUAAAAUAAUAAAGUUAGAAUAACUAAAAUAGAAAACAAUCAUUAAUUAA